GUUAAUUAUGUACGUAAAAAUUACUAAUAAAAUUAUCAACUGAAGUCUGUCACUCUCUCUGUUUACUUCCAAAUCAGGGAAAAUCUGCAGAUUUGCCUAAAUUUUCAAAAUUUCUUCAUUUUUUAAUCGCAAGCGUUUCACCAAAAUUUACACAACUGAAUUAGGGCAUUCUCCCGCAGUCAAUUUCAAAGGUAAGAGGUUAAAUCCUCGUCAUUACUAACCAUUGCCUUUGAAUACAUUUUCAACUGUUGUAAAUGCAAGCAUUUUGUCCUUUUGAUGAUUUUUUCCGCAGAUUGAACGGCAAACUCAGUCUUUUUGUAUGAAUUUAAUUGUUUGGUCAAGACUGAAAGUCCAAUUCUGAGAAUUUUAUAUGGGCAUGUGUAAUUAAGUAGCAAUGUGAGCCCAUUUGUUCAUGAACAUCAACGUUAAACCUUUGUUUAUUUCGUGUGGGGAAUUAGUUGAAUAACUAGAACUGGAAAAAGAAAAGUCUAUGCUUUGCACACUGCCACUACGUUUUGGUCUACAAAGAAUAAACUUCCUAUUUUCCAAAAUGUCAAUUCCACCUUAGAAGGCAUAAGUUGCUGUAGUUGUCAUGUCAUGGGAUUGCAGAUGUGUAAAAUGACUCUUGCUAGCAGCCUUGCUACUACUUUUCUUUGUGGAUUUUGCCAAAAUGAUUCAUCUACAUUUGAUUAGUUGUCACUUUUUAGGGCUUCUUGUAUAGGACACUCUCGAUUCGACCCGUCUUAGUCAAUAUUCAAGAAAGUAGAUGUAUUAGUUCUUAGAUUAUAAAUUUUGAAGAGGUCUCCUUGUCAAGAGUGGAAAAUGUUAGGUUUUGUAUUGCAUUGUGACCUUGUCUAAGCUGUUGGUCAUACGGUCUUAGUAAGCGUAGAGCUGGUGGUGAACACGGAUGAAACUUAUAUGAAGUUUGAUGUGAAAUUCCUGAGCAUAAAAAUAAUUAGUAAUGAAUGCUAGUAUACAGUUUUUGCAGUUGUAGCACAUAAUAGUUUAUUAAUGAAAAACUAGGUAUGGUUGGUUUCUGUAAUUGGAUGAAAAAGUCAUUCUCGACUAUAUGCUGAUUCAGACCGAUCAUUAACUGUGCCCAACCUGCUAGUGAUGAAACUCUAAGCCGCCGAAAAGGAAUCUCAAUAAUUAUUGAAAUUGCUGUCUACUUUUCUCUUCAAUGCAUGGAGAGUAAUAAGAGUAGGUCUGGUUGUAUUCCCUUGCUGUGUGAAUGAAAGACGUGGAAAAUUUUCUUGAUCUUUCUAAAUGAAUACAAGUUUUUCCUUUGCUUUUGUGGCAAAUGGAUUUAGAUUAGUGGCAAUAUUUGGCUUUCCUGCCUAAAAGGAUCCCUCUGGAGAGAGACUUUCAGACAGGGGCUCUAUUUAGGAUAUGAGGGCUAGAGAUGGGUCAGGGCUAACGGUGUAGGCUUGGACAUCUUGUUUAUCUCAUUACAGUAUUACACUGAUUAACCUAUUAUAUAAUAUUGAACUUUGUAACCAGUGUUUUAUUUGAAUGAGAAUUGCUGAUUUAAUAUCUCUUUGACAUUGUGAACCCUCAAUGUUUCAUAUAUCUAUUUGCGAAGGCAAGAAGCGGUCUCAUAUCCAUGUUAAGUUGAGCUUUGCAGUAAUCUAAAUGUUCUUGAAAAUAAUAAAAGAUCUUCCCUAUUGAGUAUCUGGUCAGGAAGUUUUUCCUUGUGGAGACAAAGAAUAAGGGAAAAUGGAGAAUUGUUGAAGCAUCAAAGGCAUGCAACAUUAACUGUAUCUUCACUUUCCAUGCCUGUAUCUAGUCUACGAAACAAUGAACUUUGGCAAGAAUACUAAAGGCUUUUUAAAAGGUUACAUCUGUCUUAGUCUACCUUUUGUAAAUUACAUGGAUACAACAAUCCAACAACUACUAUGAAGAAAAGAGACCAUCGACUAUGAGGGUUGGGUGAGCCCUUGGAUUCACACAAGUGUGCAUCUACCGUGGAUUUUGACAUAUGGUGUCAACAUUAGUUUUCACACAUGUACAUACCAAAGAAGCAAUAAAUAACAGUUGUUUAUGGGCAAACCUGCUUUGACAUCAUGCUGGAUGCAAGUUGACAGUGACUCAAGCAAGCUCUUUAUUGUUAUUUGUAUGAGUAUAAAUAUCCCGUGCUCCUCUAGCUCAAUGUGCUUACUUUGACAUUACAUCCCAGAGUGCGGAUAAAAUCUAAAACAUGUAUUCGAGUUUUGCUUUUAGUUUCAUGCCUUACAAAACCAUUUUAUCUCCUAGAGCUAGCAUCACAACACAAGAUAAUAAAAAUGCUAAAGAUUAUCGUACAAAAGUUUCUCGUAAUCCGAAAUUGGAGAAGCUUCAGUAUAACUAUCUAUUCCCUGAGAUAUCUGAGAGGGAAGCUCAACAUGCUAAGAAGUAUCCUAAUGCAAAAAUCAUCAGCCUUGGGAUUGGUGACACUACCGAGCCAUUACCAGAUGUUGUAGCUUCGAGCAUGGCUAAUUAUGCAUACAGCCUUUCAACACGUACAGGUUACAGAGGUUAUGGAGCUGAGCAAGGGAGCAAGGAUCUAAGAAAAGCCAUAGCAGAGACAUUUUACAAAGACAUGGGUAUACAAGGUGCUGAAGUAUUUGUAUCCGAUGGUGCACAAUGUGAUAUUUCUCGCCUGCAGAUGCUCUUUGGAUCAAACAUGUCUAUUGCCGUUCAAGAUCCAAUUUUUCCGGCGUAUAUAGAUUCAAGCGUCAUAAUUGGGCAGACGGGCGAAGUUGAGCAAGGAUCAGGAAGGUAUCAGAAUAUUGAGUACAUGAGAUGUGAUCCCCACAACAAUUUCUUCCCCGGCCUCUCAAAAACUGCGCGAACAGACAUCAUCUUCUUCUGCUCCCCAAACAACCCUACAGGCCAUGCAGCAUCGUGGGAGCAGCUAGAACAGCUCGUUAAAUUAGCUCAAGAAAAUGGAUCGAUCAUUGUAUACGAUUCAGCUUAUGCUGUUUAUAUCACAGACGGCAGUCCUCGUUCAAUCUACGAAAUUCCUGGAGCCAAAAAGGUGGCCAUAGAAGUUUCAUCAUUCUCCAAGAUAGCCGGAUUCACAGGUGUUCGUCUUGGCUGGACCGUCGUGCCUAAGGAGCUGCUAUAUUCCAACGGUUUCCCUGUCAUCAACGACUUCAAUCGUAUCAUCUGCACAUGCUUCAACGGAGCUUCGAGGAUAGCUCAGGCUGGUGGCCUAGCUAGCUUAUCCAGUGAAGGAUUCAAGGCUGUUAUGUCGCUGGUGGACUACUACAAGUCAAAUGCAGAGAUACUGCUGGAGACGUUCGAAUCACUCGGACUCAAGGCGUACGGAGGCGUAAAUGCGCCGUAUCUUUGGGUGCACUUCCCUGGCUCAAAUUCAUGGGACGUGUUCAACGAAAUUCUUGAGAAAACGCACAUUAUAACAGUUCCUGGGAGUGGAUUUGGUCCAGCAGGGAAGGAGUAUAUCAGGGUCACUGCUUUUGGUCACAGAGAGAACAUUCUCGAAGCUGCAGACAGGCUGAGGAGCCUUCUUCUCUAGCGCACACACCCAAAAUAGAACAUCAAUAAAGCACUGCUUUUGUAUUUCUUAUCUUUUGCAUUCACUAUGUAACACAAUAUUGGAAUAAGGGACUGGAAAUACGGAUGCAAUGUAUAACAGUUGUCUCAAUAAAAAUAGAAUCUUGAUGUUCUUGGAA